AUGGAGUCCCGUCAAGCGGCGUUCGCUCUCCUGCUCCUGCUUCUGGUGGCCAGCGCUAGCGGCCGGAAGGUGAAGGUAACUUCGGGGGGCGUCUGCAACGUGUCGCCCGGAGGCCUGUCAGCCUGCAGGUCGGCCGUCAGCAAGUGGUUCCCGGACAAGACUCCAUCGCCGGAGUGCUGCGCCGCAGUCGCCACCGCCGACUUCGGCUGCUUCUGCUCCUACAUCAAGUCGCCCCUACUCGGGCUCUUUUGGGUCAGCUCCGACCGGGUCAAGCAGCUCCCCGCCAAGUGCCACGUCGACCGACCUCUGCCCGACUGCGUAUCCGCAUAG